CGGAUGUGUGUCUUCACGUGCGCAGCGUGCUGACGGCCGGAGCGACGGGCGGCAGCAGGAGCUGUCCCACCACCAGAUCACACCCAACGGGGCUGCAGCUCACCGCUCCUCCGCCACCAGCACCAUGACACCCGGUUCAAACCCGCAAUCCGAGCCGCACUGAGGACGGGUCCAGGACGCUGAGCGACGCGCGCGGAGACGCACAAGAGCACACGCACGCGGGCACGCACGUAUCGGACACCAGCGGGCACGUCGACGGGAACGCCGACCGAGGCGAACUCCACUGCGCCGCGGAUUGCGCUCUUUCGCUCCAGACGCGCGUCCCAAUCGGAGAGCCGCAGGAAAGGAACGUCCCCGCGAGUCGCUUCACGCCUCAACAUGACAUCGUCGGGCAAGGAGGCCAACAGCGGGCAUUACGCCAACUAUGUAGGACCGUACCGCCUGGAGAAGACGCUGGGCAAAGGACAGACAGGUCUGGUGAAGCUGGGCAUCCACUGUGUCACGUGUCAGAAGGUUGCCAUAAAGAUCGUCAACAGGGAGAAACUCAGCGAGUCCGUCCUCAUGAAGGUGGAGCGGGAGAUCGCCAUUCUGAAACUCAUAGAGCAUCCGCAUGUUUUAAAGCUGCACGAUGUCUACGAAAAUAAAAAAUACCUGUAUCUGGUGUUGGAGCACGUGUCUGGGGGGGAGCUCUUCGACUACCUGGUGAAGAAAGGCCGUCUGACCCCUAAAGAGGCCCGCAAGUUCUUCAGACAGAUCAUCUCUGCCCUGGACUUCUGCCACAGUCACUCCAUAUGCCACAGAGAUUUGAAGCCCGAGAACUUGUUGUUAGACGAGAAGAACAACAUCAGGAUAGCAGACUUUGGCAUGGCGUCUCUGCAGGUCGGGGACAGUCUGCUGGAGACCAGCUGUGGGUCUCCGCACUACGCCUGCCCAGAGGUCAUCAGGGGGGAGAAGUACGACGGGAGGAAAGCAGACGCGUGGAGCUGCGGCGUCAUCCUGUUUGCACUUUUAGUGGGCGCGCUGCCUUUUGAUGACGACAACCUGAGGAACCUGCUGGAGAAGGUGAAGCUGGGAGUUUUCCACAUGCCGCACUUUAUCCCUCCAGACUGCCAGAACCUCCUGCGCGGGAUGAUUGAAGUGGACCCCAACAAAAGGCUGACAUUAGAGCAGAUCCAGAAGCACACCUGGUACCUCGCUGGGAAGAACGAGCCCGAGCCCGAGCAGCCGGUUCCCAGGAAGGUGGCCAUCAGGACGCUGGCUUCGGCCGAGGAGAUCGACCCCGAUGUGCUGGAGAGCAUGCACUCGCUGGGCUGCUUCAGAGACAAGGACAAGCUGAGCAAAGACCUGCUGUCUGAGGACGACAACCAGGAGAAGAUGAUCUACUUCCUCCUGCUGGACCGUAAGGAGAGGUACCCGAGCCACGAGGACCAGAACCUUCCUCCACGGAACGAGAUAGCAGACCCUCCCAGGAAGCGCGUGGACUCGCCCAUGCUGAGCCGCCACGGCAAGCGGAGGCCCGAGAGGAAGUCCAUGGAGGUCCUGAGCGUCACGGAGGGGGGCUCUCCCGUUCCGGUGCGGAGGGCCAUCGACAUGGCGACGCACGGCCAGAGCAAAUCAGUUUUCAGUAAAAGCUUGGAUAUCACAAACGCUAACUGCAGCAAGGAGGAAAGAUCGCGGUCGAUCAGCGGAGCGUCCUCCGGCCUGUCCACCAGUCCUCUCAGCAGUCCCAGGCCCAACCGGCGCUUUUUCAUCCCGCCCCAGUCCCCAGACCUGUGUCAGUCUCCCAACUGCAGCCCCACCCACUCCCCGGAGGUUCGACUUAAUGGGGUGGGGCCCCACGCGCCUAAGUCCUUCCAGCCAAAGAUGGGGUCCCCCCUCAUGCACCCCCGCACUCAGACCCUCCCUGCUAAGCCCAAAGUGUCAGAGAAGCCCCUGCAGACCACCAGGUCCAAUCCUCUCCCCAGCACAGCGCAGAGCCCCACCACUCCCAAGUCUGAGCCCAACACACCCAUCCAGCCUCUGGCUCCAUCCAUUCCCAACAGCCCCCGGGUGAGACGCCACCCUCCCCUCACCGUCCCCCCCAAACUCUCCAUCCCCCUCACCCCAGUUCCACCAGUGUCGCCCCUCCGCCGCCACCACCUCCACCCUGACCACAACGGCAAAUCUGUCCCCAUCGCACAGGUGACCCCCCACCCCUCCCCCAGAGGCAGUCCUCUCCCCACCCCCAAGGGCACCCCGGUGCACACCCCCAAGGACAGCCCUGCUGGCACCCCCAGCCCGACUCCUCCGCCCAGCCCCUCGAUCGGAGGCAUGCCGUGGAGGACGCGCCUCAACUCCAUCAAGAACAGCUUCCUGGGCUCUCCACGCUUCCAUCGCAGGAAAAUGCAAGUUCCCACCCAGGAGGACAUGUCCAGCCUCACCCCAGACUCUUCUCCAGAACUGGCCAAGAAGUCAUGGUUCGGUAACUUCAUCAGCCUGGAGAAGGAGGAGCAGAUCUUCAUCGUGAUCAGGGACAAACCUCUCAGCUCCAUCAAGGCCGACAUCGUGCACGCCUUCCUCUCUAUCCCCAGUCUAAGCCACAGCGUCAUCUCGCAGACCAGCUUCCGGGCCGAGUACAAGUCCACAGCUGGUCCAACGGUUUUCCAGAAGCCAGUGAAGUUCCAGGUGGACAUCACCUACACCGAGAGCACCAGCGCCACCAAGGAGAACGGCAUCUACUCCGUCACCUUCACGCUGCUCUCAGGUCCCAGUCGACGUUUCAAGCGCGUGGUGGAGACGAUCCAGGCUCAGCUGCUCAGCUCCAACGACCAGCCCGGCGUCCAGCCCCAGAUAUCUGGCAGCCCGUUGAGUAACUUCUUUGACGUAAUUAAACAGCUUUUUUCAGACGAGAAGAACGUCCAAGCGCCCCACUCCCCCGGCGCCACGCCUAGCUCCCCCGCCAAGCAUGCCCCCAGCAGCAAGUCCAACCAGCCCCCGCCCCAUGACAAAACAAAGAUGGCCGCCAGCAACAGGACGCAGGAACAACCUUAAGAAGCGGUAGCUGUGCAUGAAUAGACCGAGCGUUCGGGUCGUAACAGCGAGAAGGACAGAGCUGCUGGCGUUUAGCGCGGCCCAUGGAAACAGCUCUUUCAGUUUAAACCUAUUUUACAACAAGUAGCAAAUGUAGCUUUGUCGUCCCUCCCCGUGUCCCUCUGUGUCUCCGGGGUCUGUCGGUGAGUGUCUGUCCUCCUCACAUGUGUGACGGCUUGACUUGUCUCUACCACCAGGGAUCAUCCAUAAUAGCUAUUAAUGCUGGCGCCCGUCUGAGCCGAGACCUGGAGACUCAACCACAGACUGAGACCAAACAGAAAAAGGCCUUAAGACAGUGACGUCUGUCCAUCUCCCCUCGUCCUUGUCCGUCUCCCGUGUACAUAAAGCUCCUCGGCUUAUGGUGGGAUGUAUUGACGGCUGGAGGCGGACGGACGGAUUGUAGUUCUUCUCGUUGGGACCUUUGAGUUCGCUCUGUGGCGACGCUGCAUUAAAUGAAUGAUCUGUUCUGUUGUACAGACUAAACAAUGACGUGUAUGUACAAAGUGUCGUAGUGGAUCAUGUUCAGUUGUGUUGUGGUUUUGUGUUUCGUGCAGGUCGGGUCCCAGCAGGUCGCUGGUUUACAGGAAGUUGGACGUUUUAAUAACGUUUGUAAUGAUUUUCGCUAAAACGUUCCACUUUCCCUCUGGUCCGAUUUGACCCGCGGCCCGUCGCCGUGGGUCCGGUGUCGGCUCGGCGGCCGCCGCAUGGAUCGUGCGCGCGACGUCUCGCUCCGUCUCUGACCUGCUGUGACCCGACUUUUCUGACCAAACGCUCGACUGUGUCAGCGCGGUCUCACUUUAUUCUUUCCUGUUGUUCGGGUUCGUUUGAAUUAUCUGCAGGUUUCAGACAAUGUUGAACUGCUUGUAUAUUUUUGUACUUUGUUGUAUUCUGCCAUUGUUUGUUAAUUUAUUCUGUUAUUUAUAUGAAAGCUGUCGAGAAUGUUUCUUACAUUAUUUAAGGAUAUUUUUGUCAUGUUUAAGUUAUUCUUCAUGAAACAGACCUUGUAAUAUACGUUUGGAAAAUGAUUUACUGUAAUUUAAGAAUGUAGACGUAGCCUCUUUGGAGGAACCAGCCCUUCGUUGAUGUCGUCGGCUCCUUCUUUCUGCGCUGAGAGAUCUCAUCCUGUACAUAAGCCACUUGACUGAACUGAGGGGACUCCUGCUCUUAGCUUUGACCUCGGGCCGGUCGUUUGCAUGUUCAGCAUUUGUCUUUUCUUUGCAUGUCGCCGUUGGAACCGUUCUCCCGUCCACUCAUUCACGUUCCGAUUCGUUUUGCUUUCGGAUUCUUUUGUACGUCCUCCUCAGCCGUUCUCUCACAGAGGGACCUCGCUGGCGAUCGGGUCGCUCAUUCACACCAGCUGGGUGGGUGUUGGGUUAUCAGAGAGAAAAUUAAAGCAAUACCUUCCAUUGUUCGCUUGCCUCUUUUCUACUGUGGGGAUCCAGAGCACACAGAAAGGACUCGGAGCACGGAGGCAAUGUUUUCCCUUGUGAUGUUACUGUGAACAACUUCAGUGCUAAAGGAAAUAAAUCUGUUGACUUUGGA